GUCUGAGUGGAAGGCGGGGAAGGAGGCUAUAUAGACCGCGUUUGGUCAUGAGGGCUCUCUAACGACUCUUUGCCCCGUCAGCUUUCUCCGAUCGGUGUUGCGUUCAGUUAUCGCUUCAACAACAAAGAAUGGAGCUGUGUCCGCAGUGGUGGGCCAGGAUGAGGCUGGUGCGGCUGGUGAGGCUGGCAGGGGUGGCCUUCCUCCUGCUGUGCAUUUGGGUGGACCAGGGCCUGGGCAAGGAGAAGGGCACCAAGAAGGGCAAGAAGAAGGGCAAGCAGGUCUUCUGCCCCUCGCAGCUCUCUCCUGAGGACCUGGCGCGAGUCCCGGCCAACUCCACCAGUAACAUCUUGAACAGGUUACUCCUCAGCUACGACCCCCGCAUACGGCCCAACUUCAAAGGGAAGCCGGUGGAGGACAGAGUGAACAUCUUCAUCAACAGCUUCGGCUCCAUCCAGGAGACAACCAUGGACUACCGGGUGAAUAUCUUCCUGCGUCAGCGUUGGAACGACCCGCGUCUGCAGCUGCCGAAGGAGUUCAAGUCGGACUCCCUGACGGUGGACCCCGGCAUGUUCAAGUGCCUGUGGAAGCCCGACCUGUUCUUCGCCAACGAGAAGAGCGCCAACUUCCACGACGUCACGCAGGACAACAUCCUGCUGUUCAUAUUCCGCAACGGGGACGUUCUGAUCAGUAUGAGGUUAUCCAUUACUUUAUCCUGCCCACUGGACCUGACGCUGUUUCCAAUGGACACACAGCGCUGCAAAAUGCAACUGGAAAGCUUCGGCUACACCACGGACGACCUGCAGUUUAUGUGGCAGACGGGUGACCCAGUGCAGAUGGAGGAGAUCGCUCUGCCACAGUUCGACCUCAAGCAGGAGGACAUCGAGUACGGCAACUGCACCAAGUUCUACUCCGGCACAGGCUACUACACGUGUGUGGAGGUGAUCUUCACGCUGCGUCGGCAGGUGGGCUUCUACAUGAUGGGUGUGUACGCGCCCACGCUGCUCAUCGUUGUCCUCUCAUGGCUGUCCUUCUGGAUCAACCCGGAUGCCAGCGCCGCCCGCGUACCCCUCGGCAUCCUCUCCGUGCUGUCCCUGUCCUCUGAGUGCACGUCGCUGGCCUCGGAGCUGCCCAAGGUGUCCUAUGUGAAGGCCAUCGACAUCUGGCUCAUCGCCUGCCUGCUGUUCGGGUUCGCCUCACUUGUGGAGUACGCCGUGGUGCAGGUCAUGCUCAACAGCCCCAAGCGUAUCGAGGCAGAGAAGGCCAAGAUCGCCACGCGCGAGAAGGCCGCGGGGAAGGUAGCCGCCGCCGCAGCCGCAAAGAAUAACACUGUGAACGGCACGGGGGGCACGCCCAUGCAUCACAUCAGCACCCUACAGGUGUCUGAGACCAGGUGUAAGAAGGUGUGCACCUCCAAGUCCGACCUGCGCUCCAACGACUUCAGCAUCGUGGGCUCGCUGCCGCGCGACUUCGAGCUCUCGAACUUUGACUGCUACGGCAAGCCCAUCGAGACGGCCGGCGGCAAAUCAGCGGCCAAGAGCAACAAGAAGCCCCCGCCCCCCAAGCCCGUCAUCCCCUCGGCCGCCAAGCGCGUAGACCUCUACGCCCGUGCCCUAUUCCCUUUCUCAUUUCUCUUCUUCAACGUCAUAUACUGGUCUGUCUAUCUUUGAGCCAGAUAGACUGACGAGUAUUGUACACACAACCACUACAGACUGAUGCACACACGCACAUGCACAUGCACACACAUACACAUGCACACAUAGACCGCCACACUACCGCAGCCCUCUUCCCUUUCUUCUUCCUCUUCUUCAAUGUCAUACUGGUCUGUCUAUCUUUCAGCCAGAUAGACUGACGAAUACACAAUACACACAGGCACCACAAACACAUGCACGCAUGCCCACACAUAUACACACACACAUACACACACGUACACACACACACACACACACACACACACACACACACACACACACACACACACACACACACACACACACACACACACACACACACACACACACACAGACACACACACACACACACACAAACACACACACACACACACACACAUACACUGUAAAUACAUUUGAAGUACUGUGAACGGAAACAUGUGCACUUGUGAAGAUACAUAUACAUUCAUAGAUGCUAACCUACACACACACACACACACACACACACACACACACACACACACACACACACACACACACACACACACACACACACACACACACACACACACACACAGAGCAGUAACAUCAAAUUUAGACAUACACCCAUACUAAACGCUCACAAUUGACAUUAUUGACAUUACAUGACAUGCACUCUUUCUCUCUCUCUCCCUCUCUCUCUCUCUCUCUCUCUCUCUCUCCCUCUCUCUUUUCCUCUCUCUCUCCUCUUCUCUCUCCCAUAUCAUCCCAUCCAAAUACAUGGCGCUGCAUCUGCAUCAAAACGAGUGCAGUUCUCUUCUUCCACACGUGCACUUACAGAGGGUCAACCGAAGCUCGCGCUCAUCACGUGACGGAGCUAAUGCUAGGGCGCUACUUCACUAAUGUAAAUACAUAGCGCUCUGUAUGCUAGCUUCUCAAAGAGUAUGAUUUGGGGUGCUUGCCAUUGAAAUUAUUUGCAUACAGAAUAGGAAAUGAAAUAUGAAGCUAUACAUAUAUAUGUUUUUGCUACUUUGUUUUAAGUUCAGCACAAAAUAAUAAAUGAAAAAAAAGAUUAUAAUUAUUAUCGUGCAUGCUUAUAGUAUAUAUACAAAUAAUAUAUCAGAUAAUGUUAUAUAAAGUAAUGACUACGGGAUGCUUUGGGGCACUUUCGGUUUGGUUCGGUUUUGUUUGGUUUGGUUCGGAUCCCGUCGCUGACUUGAACGGGGUGGAUGUUGUUUUCCCGAGGGAUUGCAUCACACACAACACUGCCACACCAGAACUGUGUCUUUCGAUGAUCUUUCCUCCACCUACCUACCUACCACAUCCUAACACUAGGCUUGGGCCGUAUCCAAUCUUCCGUGCAAAAAAAAAAACGUCUGUAGGCCCAUUUUGUAUUAAUCUGAGAAUUCCUCCUCCAUUUUUGAAGUUUGAAUUGAGUUAUUCCAGUGUGUUGUCACUGUGAUUUCUAGGAGUUCAUGUAUAUUAACCACCACUAAGAUGGUGCUUGAAGUCUGGCAUUCAAACUAUGGUAUUCAGUUACAUACCGCCCGAGCCUACUGCCUAUCACCCCAGUCCAGCCCUGCCCUGCCCUGAUUCUCUCCUGCCAGAGUGUACUGUGCUCAGGUGUGCGUACGUACACACAAAUGUGGGUGUGUGAGCGUACGAACAAAUGACUGUGCAAAUGGGGAGAUAGUUAACGGACCUCUGUGCUGUGUUUGUUAGAGUUUACGAGACCAAGAAGAUUUAAUAGCCUUCCUCGCUUCCUCCUGCCGCCCUCCGUCUCUCUUUCUCUCUCUCUCUCUCUUUUUCUCUCUCUCUCUCUCUCUCUCUAACUUUUUCUGUCUGUCUUUUUGUCUCUCUCUGUCGGUCUGUCGGUCUCUCUCUCACUAUCUCCGUCCCUCUCUCCCUCUCUCUCUGUUUUUAUUUUUUUCUGUCUGUCUUUUUGUCUCUCUGUAUCGGUCUGUCUGUCUGUCUGUCUGUCUGUCUGUCUGUCUGUCUCUCUCUCUCUCUCUCUCUCUCUCUCUCUCUCUCUCUCUCUCUCUCUCUCUCUCUCUCUCUCUCUCUCUCUCUCUCUCUCUCUCUCUCUCUCUCUCUCUCCCCCCUAAUUUUUGCCUGUCUUCAUGUCUCUGUCUGUCUCUGUCAGUUUGUCUCUCUGUCUGUCUGUCUG